AUGUUUGACUUGUCGUCGCUCUUGUCGGCUUCGCGGGACGUCUCGGACGUGCCCGUGCUGGACGAGAAGUCGUUCCGCGUGGGCGCAUACCGCGACGGAAGCGUACUCAAGUUCCGCGGUCUCGUGCGUGAUGUGCAGGACCCCGAGCUCGUCCAACUUGGCGGCGAGACACGUCCACCACCAACCAAUGCGUCGGGCUUAAUCGAGCGAGUGCCUCUCAUUGUCACUCUUUUCCCUCACGCGACUGACUGGGCCCAACGAGCGUAUUGGGAUCGUUCCACUCCGAGUGAUGGUCACUCGAGUCCGAGUGAUGGUCGUUGCAGUGAGAGUGAUGGUCCUGCAACACCAACAGGCACCAAGCGCUCGAGUGCGGCAGUGGACGAGCAGAUGGGCAGUGGAUGUGAACCGCAGACGGACGACCUGAGCGCAAAGAAGAGUAAGGCAGUCGUCCACAAGCGCGAGCAGGCAGACGAGCUACAAGAGGAGCGCUUGCUGCAGUCGCAGGCCGUCCAUGUCUACGUCUACGACGGCCAGUACAAAGACGUGCCACUGGAAGCCUUCAAGGUCAAUGAGGCGUUCGAGUUUGUCGGUGUCUUGGACCUGACAGUGCCGGGCACCGACCUGAACAGUGACGCGGCCAUUGACGCGGCGAGCGUCGAGCAGCUGAAGGAGCUCGCGAUCUCGGACUGCCUUGCAAAGGUGCAGCGCAACGACCAGUGCAGUGUCGUGCUGCACUGCUGCCACGUCAGCAGCUUAACGAGUGUGCACUACGUGCGCCCGCGUGAGUCGAAGGACUUUUACGCGCACAUUCAGCAGAGCAACGACUCGCGGGUCGAGUUUUGCGGUCACGAGUGGGCGAGACGCGGUCAGCAGAUGGAUGUCGUGGCGAUGCGGACACAGCUGGUGGACUUUCUAGCGCAGACCGUUGGGGGUGACACGCUCGCAGCAGAGUAUUUGCUGCUGAGUCUGCUGUCGCACGUGUAUGCACGAGCCGAUCCGUCGACGCCACUGGGUAAUUUGUCACUCAAUUUGUCGCUGGACAAGGCGAUGACGGACGAACAGAAGCGAGGACUUGUUGCACGUCUUCAGGAGACGCUGGCGUUGUUGAUGCCGAUGGUAGCGCGAGUUGAUCUCUCGCUCGAGGCACUAAACUCGAGCUUGUUUCAGCCGCACAAGGAUUACGACCGAGAAAUGCUGGUGAGCGGAGUGCUGCAGCUGGCACAUGGAACGACGAUGCUUGUGGAUGAGACUACGUUGACUCCAGGGCAGCUGAACGACCGAGGCGUGAAGAACGUGGCGGCUCUGCAGUCGCUGAUUGAGAAGAUGCUCUUGCCGUACGACUUUCAUUACUACAGCAUGGAUUUCCCGCAGGACGUGACAGUUGUCACGGUGUCGGAAGGCAGCACUAUCUUACCGGUGACUGUAGCAGUGCCUGUUAGUUGCACAAACAGUACAAAUACCGCCGAUGAUCGGCCAUCUGCACUGCCGGCAGAACAGCUAUUGGAGUGUUUUCGCUUGUUCUUGAGCGUCUUGCGCUCAUUUGCUGUCACGAUUCGAAAUGAAGAAGCCGAGAUGGCUGAGAAGCACUAUGUCGAGUGCCGCAAAUCGCAACAAAAAGUGGUGCUGGAAGACCUGCAUCGAUGGUUGCGACUCGCUCGUCUGAUGGCGCUCAGUCGAGGCGAAGGGAACGUAUCGAAGGACUCAUGGGAUGCAAUGAUGAUGCUAGAGACCGAACGGCUUGCUCGUCGAGCGAUGGACAAGUCCGAUUGA